GACGUCAGCGGAAAUGAGCCCUGUCAACUGUCAUGGCGGCUCUUUAGCUUCAUUCACAGCGUUUGUUGUCAGUUUUUUGCUUAUUUUAAGGAUUUUUUUUUUCUUUCGGAAAUAUUGCAUUUGUAAAUGUUGUUAGGAGAAUAACAGUGAUACGUUUUUACUCCCAGAAUAAGAGCAGGAAGCCGACUCCAGGUCAAAAUGAGGACUGUUUUGAUGGUGGCAGAAAAACCUUCUUUGGCUCAGUCGAUUUCUAAAAUCCUCUCCAAAGGAUGUUGUUCAAGUCGCAAGGGUCUGAAUGGCGCAUGCUCAGUGCAUGAAUACACUGGGAGCUUUCAUGGUCAUAAUGUCCGCUUUAAGAUGACUUCUGUUUGUGGACAUGUGAUGAGCCUGGAUUUCAUUGGGAAGUACAACAACUGGGACAAGGUGGACCCUGCAGAACUCUUUAGCAAAGCUCCCACAGAGAAGAAGGAAGCCAACCCUAAACUCAGCAUGGUCAAGUUUCUCCAGGUUGAAGCCAGAGGCUGUGAUUAUGUGGUUUUGUGGCUGGAUUGUGAUAAAGAAGGUGAAAACAUCUGUUUUGAGGUGUUGGAUGCAAUUCAGCCUGUGAUGAACAAGGUUGGAGCUGGGGAACGUUGCAUCUACCGGGCAAAAUUCAGUUCUAUUACUGACACAGACAUCUGGAAUGCUAUGAACCGCCUGGGAGAGCCAAACCGGAAUGAGGCUCUGUCAGUGGAUGCACGACAAGAGCUUGACCUACGUAUUGGCUGUGCCUUCACUCGGUUUCAGACUAAGUAUUUCCAAGGUAAAUAUGGCAAUCUCGACUCCUCAUUGAUCUCGUUUGGACCUUGCCAGACCCCAACACUAGGCUUUUGUGUUGAGCGCCAUGACAAGAUCCAGUCCUUCAAACCUGAGAAUUACUGGAUCCUCCAGGCAAAGGUGUAGUUUCUAGUUUCAUUAAAUCUGGCGAAAGACAGUCUUCUCACACUUGACUGGAAUCGGGUGAGAGUGUUUGACAGAGAGGUUGGACAGAUGUUUGUCAACCAUGGCCAAGACAUCUCGAGAAGCCGGGUGGAGUCAGUAAGUAAGAAAGAAAAGACUAAGCAGAGACCUCAAGCCUUGAACACAGUGGAAAUGUUGAGGGUGGCCAGCUCUGCUUUAGGCAUGGGUCCCCAGCAUACCAUGCAGAUUGCAGAGCGCCUGUAUACCCAAGGCUACAUCAGCUACCCACGUACUGAGACAACUCAGUAUCCAGAGAACUUUGACCUAAAGGGAACGCUGAAGCAGCAAACCAAUAAUCCCCUUUGGGCAGAAGAGGUUAAAUCUCUGCUGUCAGCUGGACUGAAUCGACCGAGGAAAGGUACAGAUGCCGGAGACCAUCCGCCUAUUACGCCUAUGCGUGCCGCAUCAGAGGGAGAAUUGGGUAGUGAUGGCUGGCGGCUGUAUGAAUAUAUCACACGACAUUUCAUUGCCACUGUCAGUCAGGACUGCAAAUACCUGCAGACAACUAUUGAGUUCAACAUUGGCACUGAGGCCUUCUCUUGCAGUGGGAAAACCCUAAUAUCACCAGGUUACACUGAAGUGAUGCCAUGGCAGGGCAUCCCACUGGAAGAGGCCAUGCCAGGCUGUGAGCGUGGAGACACCUUCACGGUAGAUGAGAUUAAACUGGUGGAGAAGCAGACCAGCCCUCCAGACUACCUCACCGAGGCUGAGCUCAUCACUCUGAUGGAGAAACAUGGCAUUGGUACCGAUGCCAGUAUCCCCGUCCACAUCAACAACAUCUGCCAGAGGAACUAUGUGACGGUGGAGAAUGGGCGCAAGUUGAAGCCCACCAACCUGGGCAUUGUCCUGGUACAUGGCUACUACAAAAUAGACGCUGAGCUGGUGCUGCCCACCAUACGCAGUGCUGUGGAGAAGCAGCUAAACCUCAUUGCACUGGGCAAGGCCAACUUCCAACAGGUCCUGCAGCAUGCACUGGAUAUUUUCAAGAGGAAGUUCCACUAUUUUGUGGAUUCUAUUGCUGGCAUGGAUGAGUUGAUGGAGGUGUCCUUUUCACCCAUUGCUGCCACUGGAAAGCCUCUGUCUCGUUGUGGCAAAUGUCAUCGCUUCAUGAAGUACAUCCAGGCCAAGCCCAGCAGGCUCCACUGCUCCCACUGUGAUGAGACCUACAGUCUUCCUCAGAAUGGUGCCAUCAAGCUGUACAAGGAGCUUCGGUGUCCCCUGGAUGAGUUUGAGCUUGUGCUGUGGACCUCAGGAGCCAGGGGCAAGAGCUACCCCCUCUGCCCGUACUGCUUCAGCAAUCCACCUUUCCGGGACAUGAAGAAAGGUAUGGGAUGCAAUGAAUGCACCCACCCGACCUGCCAGCACUCUCUAAACUCUUUGGGCAUCGGACAGUGUGUGGAGUGUGACAGUGGAGUUUUGGUGCUGGAUCCCACUUCUGGACCAAAGUGGAGGAUGGCCUGCAACAAAUGCAAUGUGUUGGUGCACUUCUUUGAACAUGCACACAGAGUACAGGUGGCUCAGGAAAGCUGCGAUGCUUGCGACGCCUCUCUGGUCUCUGUCGAUUUCAACAAGACGCGCACCCCACUUCCUGCUGGAGACACCCAGCACACCGGCUGUGUUUUCUGUGAUCCAGUCUUCCAGGACCUGGUGGAGCUCAAACAUGCCACCAUGAGGCACCCCAUGCACCGGGGUGGUGGGGCAAGGCGAGGAGGGCGGGGACGCGGCCGAGGACGCCGCGGCAACCCUAAAAAACCCAAAGACAAAAUGGCUGCCUUGGCAGCAUACUUUGUGUAGUGCAAUGUUUGUGUUUGCUGAUGGGAAUCUCACAAAGGGGCCCCAUCAGAAAUGUGUCGUUUGCGCCAUGCGAUUGCUGAAGACCCCAACAGAUGUGGUGCAAAUGUGGCUGCCGGUGUCACACCCCUGGCACUUAGCUGUACUGACUAACACAAGCUUCAAAUAACCUGUAUGCACAAAUGAGCUUCCUCAGGA